UGUAUUCUCUCUUAUCUUCUAAACCGUAUUUAAAAAAAAAAUCGAAAACGAAGAAAAAAGAAAGCAAAAAAGCAUCCUUUUUCUCUUCAGUUUCUAUCAAUCGAUUCUCCGCGUGCCAUGCAAAUCGAGAUUCGAUUGAUAACGUAAGUAAAGACUCUCUCUUUCUCAAUCUAUCGGCGGGUUUGUGACCAUGGGCGCGAAUAUCUCAGGCGUCACGCCGGAGUUUGACCGGAGGAACAUUGAACCCAGGUUAUCCGAUUUGCCGGAGAACUGCGUAGCGUUGAUCAUGAUGCGUCUCGACCCGCCGGAGAUCUGUCGGCUCGCUCGUCUCAGCAGGGUCUUCCGCCGCGCGUCGUCGGCUGAUUUCGUGUGGGAGUCGAAGCUGCCUCCGAGCUAUCGAGCCAUCGCGCGGAAGGUGUUCGACGAAAUUACUGUGAGGAAGUUGAUAAAGAAGGAUCUUUACGCGAAGCUUAGUAGGCCCAAUCUCUUCGACGGUGGCACAAAGGAGCUAUGGAUAGAUAAGAACAGUGGUCGUCUUUGUGUAUCGGUUUCUUCAAAGGCGUUAAGGAUUACGGGAAUUGAUGAUCGGAGAUACUGGACUCAUGUCCCAACCGAUGAAUCCAGGUUCCACUCAGUUGCAUAUGUUCAACAGAUAUGGUGGUUCGAAGUAGGAGGAGAGUUUGAGAUCCAGUUCCCAUCUGGAACAUACAGUCUCUUCUUCCGUAUCCAGCUCGGCAAAACAUCAAAGAGACUCGGAAGGAGAAUGUGCAACUCCGAGCACGUUCACGGAUGGGACAUAAAGCCCGUUAGGUUCCAGCUGGCAACUUCAGACAACCAACAAGCUGUUUCGCUGCGUUAUCUGAACAACAACCCUGGACACUGGAGUCACUAUCACGUCGGGGAUUUCAAAGUGGUGAAUCCAAAUAUAUCGACAGGAGUCAAGUUCUCGAUGACUCAGAUUGAUUGCACUCACACGAAAGGUGGCCUGUGCAUAGACUCUGUUCUUAUAGUACCUAAAGAAAAUGCAAGGAAGGUUGUUGAAUCAGAAUAGUUAUUUUAUUUUAUUUUUUUGUAGAUAUUGAGUGAGAUUGUUGUAAAUGGUGAGAAGAAUCUAUUUUUUUUUUCCUUGAUCUGGAACUUGUUGUACACAUGGUUGGGUUGUCUCUGGUUUUGUCUGUAGUUACAGUGAUUGUAAGAGACUAAAGGUAUUGAACUUGAACAUAGAAUCCUUUCAGCUA